UGACGACUGCACCUGUGGUGGCGGCGCCCGCGGCGCCCGCGCUGUUCUCCGGCCUCGCGAUGCGCGCGUUCGCGCCGUCCCCCGAGGAGCGCGAGGCGCUGCAGCGCGCGCUCGGCGGGUCGACGAACACGAGCCUCGAGCGGCUGCCGAGCCUGAGCGAGGUCGGCAGCAGCGGGCCCGCGUCGCCCGUGCACGUCCACGCGCACGCCCACGCACACGCCCACGCACACGCACACGCGCAUGCGCACGGCCAUGCGCACGGGCAGGCGCACGGGCAGGCGGGCCUGGCGCUCGAGCUGGCGGCGGCGGCGGCGAAGCGCUCGUGGUUGGUUGGGCUCGCGGCGCCGCAGGGGGGCAAGAUCCGGUUCAGCCCGUGGGGCGACGCGGAUGGGGAGGACGGGGGCGCGUGAGGCGGUCGCGGGGGCGCGCGCUUUGCUCUCGUUGUUGCGCCCCCCCCCUGCUGCCUCGCUCGCUCGUGCGUCGCGUCGCAUCGCGUGUUCGUUGUUUUGGUGCUGCUGUGUCGCGCGCGAAGAAGAAGAAAUGUACAGGUCCUGCUGCCGGUCGCGGGUGUUUGGGGGUCGAACGCGGAUGCGGCGGUGGCGUACGGGGCGUUUCUCGGUUCUCUCUUUCUCUUUUGCUCUUCCCCUUCCUCCUAUAUAUAAAAAAUACUACAGGUCGCUCAGAAUGGCAUGCGUGUCGAACGUCGG